UAUCCCGCCCCGCCCAUCAGCCCAUGCCCAUUUUUAAUCCCAACGCUUCGUCGUGCGUCAGGGCUUAGGCCAUUCUGCUGAUCCAUGCUCGAUGAUCCCAACCCAUCUAAUCCAAGCGUUGACACCCCGGGAGCUGAAAUCCUCUGCAGACUGGCACUGGCACGGGCACGCGCGCGGCCGGAGGACGAGGAGGCUCUGGACUCUCUGGACGCACGCAAAUGUGUCGCGCUUCUUGGCUCCUGACUCCGUGGGCCCCGUGGGCCGCGCUCGUGUCGCUGGGCGCGGUCACCACCACCCUGCUGGUCCUCAGCCUCGCCUCCUCGAGCUCCUCCUUCCUCCAGGACGCGGCGCCGGCGUACGAGUACGACGACAGCCUCUACAGCUCGGAUGUCACGGCUCCCGCAGCGGCAGUAGUCCCGAGGCGCGGGCCCGGCUACCCGCCGGUGCUGGCGUACUACAUCUCGGGCGGGCGCGGCGACAGCGUGCGGAUGACGCGGCUGCUCAAGGCCGCGUACCACCCGAGGAACCGGUACCUGCUGCACCUGGACGCCGGGGCCGGAGCGUACGAGCGGGCGAGGCUGGCGGGCCACGUCAGGGCGUCGUUCCUCGAGUUCGGGAACGUGCACGUCGUCGGCAAGGGCGACCCCGUCGACGGCCGCGGCGCGUCCGCCAUGGCCGCCGUUCUCCACGGCGCGUCCGUGCUGAUGAGGGUCGGCGCCGACUGGGACUGGCUCGUCACGCUCGCCGCCUCCGACUACCCGCUCGUCACGCAGGACGACCUUCUCUACGCCUUCUCGUCUGUACGGAGGGGCCUCAACUUCAUCGACCAUAGAAUGGAUUUCGAUAGCCCGCAGGAGAUUGUCCUCGACCAGAAUCUCCUGCAGAGCACCAACGCCGAGAUCUCCAUCUCGUCGGGGCAGCGCCCAAAGCCUGACGCGUUUGAGCUCUUCAGAGGUUCUCCAUGGACGAUACUGAGCCGGGCCUUCGUGGAACACUGCGUGCUGGCGCCCGACAACCUCCCGAGGACGCUGCUCAUGUACUUCAGCAACGCCCUGAACCCCAUGGAGUUCUACUUCCAGACGGUCAUGGCCAACUCGCCGCACUUCAAGAACAGCACCGUCAACCACAGCCUCCGGCUCGAUGUCCCUGACGGCCCGCCGCUGCCGCACGACGCGAACGGCAACCGGUCGCGGUACGACGCCCUGGUGAGCAGCGGCGCGGCCUUCGCCGGCCGGUUCGGCGACGGCAGCGGCGACGAGGCGCUGCUGCAGAGGAUAGACGACGAGGUGCUGAGGCGCCCGCUCGACGGUGUCACCCCGGGACAGUGGUGCGCCGGCAGCGACGAGGAGCCCGCGAGCGGCGACGACUGCUCGGUCGGGGGCGAUAUUGACGUGGUCAGGCAGGGCGAGGCGGGACGGAGGCUGGCCAGUUUGAUGGCCGGCCUUAUUGGGGCCGGAUGAUGCGACGGGACGACGGGUGUCAGCAUUAGGCGUGUUGAGGAUCGACCGAGCAGGAGAAAUCGUCCGCCUCAGGCCCAUGAGGAUUUGGUCGUAGUAAAACUAACAAAAUUUGCUUCUGCUGGUUAGCCAGUAGCCAGUGCGGCGUCGGAUUUCUUAUUCUUUUGUAUCAUCCGACUCAAAAUUUACUGGGUGUAUGUAUCAUACUGGACUGAAGGAGCAAGGCAACUUACUGCGUGUCAUCA